AUGGACGGAACUGAUCGCACGUUUAGUGUGCGUAUAGUUCAGGAUCAUAGAGAUGAUAGCCAUACAUAUGGUGUCCAACAGUAUUACUAUCAUCCGCUAUAUUUCGGAUCGGAUUCAAAAACAGACCUAACAUAUGAUAUCGCAUUACUGAAACUCAAGUCACAGAUACCGAUACCAAUCAUUGCCUCUCAAACAAUCAAUCGACAGCCGUUUGUGAACAGCAUUUGUUUGCCGGACAAAGACAUUGUCAAUACCGAUGAAGAGUUGGCACUGACUGCCGGUUUUGGUCAGACAGAUCAAGAGGAGUAUAAUUUGGGUCCAUUGCUAAUGGGUUGGAUUAAGUUGGAUAAAGUCGAUAAUAAUUAUACAGAUCUAUCGGCGAAUACUAUUAUAGCGCACAGAUAUCCGAUAAAUACAGGAACAGCAGUUUGCAAAGGUGAUUCUGGCGGACCAGUGAUCCAGUAUGUCGGGGGUCGGGCCGUACUUAUUGGACUAAACAAACUCAUUACGAUUGAAAAUAGUGGUGAAAAUUGUUUGCCAUAUAAAUCACAUCAUACAAUGCAAUUCACAAGAGUUUCAAAAUUUAUUGAUUGGAUCGUCGAUACUGUUAAUAAUAAUAAUUAA